AUGGCAACAAAUGAAGUCUGCAUCAAAAUUUCAUUCUUUGAUUCCUCCAUAAGAAAAAUCAAACCAUUAGGUUUCUGUCUGCUUUUAUUGGCCUACACCAUUUGUGCAAUUCUUAUUCAAGUUCGCGUCUACUCCUCUAUUCAACUACUAUUAACUCCAGAUCUCUGGUUUUUACGAUUGACCACAAUUAUUCUUUGUUAUGCACUCCUAUACUUACCAAUUGCCGUCCUUAAAAGAAUUUCUCCUCUGCUCGUUCAACAAUGGGAAGCUGAAACCAGUUCCUUAAUGUCGAUUUCUCGACGUUUCUUAGUUAUCUGCUUCUUAAAUCAUCUCCCAACUCACCGGCCUCUUCUUGAUCCCCCUUCUUCUACUUCAAAAUCUUUACCCACAGCUCAAGCCUUUUAUGGCCUAUCGUUGUCCAUUAAACAGCAUAAAUGGAUUGCCUUAGUUGGUUGUACAUUAGGCCUCAAUUUCGUUUAUAUAAUGUGGGGCGUCCUACAGGAAAAGAUAAUGACUCGAAGUUAUAAUGGAGAACACUUCCGUGAGCCGCAAUUCCUUAUCUUCUGCAAUCGAAUUGGCGGUCUUCUUGUUUCUGUGAUUUCUUUAGCGUUAAUUGGGAAGCGUGGGGAUGAUUCAACUGUGGAGGUCAAGUCUCCCCUAGCUAAUUAUGCAAGUUUAGCUCUGAGCAACAUCGUCUCGAGUUGGUGUCAAUACGAGGCGUUGCUUUUCAUCACGUUCCCAGUACAGGUCAUUUCAAAGUGCUGCAAAGCUAUUCCAGUAAUGUUGAUGGGUCGGUGCCUAUAUGGUCGCGCUUAUAAGGCAUAUGAAUACAUAACUACAGCACUUAUUAGCCUUGGAGUGUGCAUGUUUAUUCUCUCUUCUCCAUCGGAACACAGUGACAAGGUAACUGAAAAUUCAAUUAGUGGACUCAUUCUAAUCUGCGGUUACGUUGCAUUGGACUCAUUCACUUCGACCUCUCAAGCAAAUCUCUUCAGAACCUUCAAGAUGUCACCUCUGCAUAUGAUGAGUGGAGUCUGCAGUUGGGCAGUGUUAUUCACAAUUACACCACUCUUAGCUGAUGGAUCACUGAAGAGUUCCUGUCAAUUCGCUUGGAGGCAGCCUGAAUUCGCCUUUGAUGCAGUGGCUUCAGCUUUAUGCUCCGGAUUCGGACAGAUUUUGAUUUUUGCUACUAUUGCGGAGUUCGGAGCAGUGACUUUCAGUCUUAUUAUGACUGUACGAAUGUGUUUAUCAAUUUUGGUAUCUUGUAUCCUCUUUUCUCAUCCUCUGAAUGUUCUGGGUGUUGGUGGAUUGCUCAUUACUUUUGGUGCAAUAAUUGCAAAGAUGAUUUAUCAAAGAAUCGUCUCUACUGCCUCUGCCCCUAUUCCCAAAAGCUAA